AUGGCGAGCUUUUCCCAGGAUGUGAAUCCUGUUACUAUGGAGGCGAUCACGAGUGCGUAUGGCUACCCCGACCAUCUUGACACCACUGUGGCGAUCAACAUCUACAAUCCUUCGUACAUUUCGGCACACCUUGACACACCUACUCACUUCAACAUCACCCAGCGGGGGCGUCCCUUUGGGACUGCUGUGGUCCAAGAGGCCGUUUGCUUAGCCAGGGCCCGCCUAAGCCGCACAACUGCAGCGUUAAGAACUUUAGCGAUUCAGAUGCGAGUCGUUGACUUUGGUCCUGUUCGGAUGGUCGCAGUCGGGUGCGGCCCGAGACUUGACAAUCCAGAGUUUUGA